UCUCUCUCCCUCUUCUCUUUACCUUGCUCGUCAAUACCAUCGAUCAUCCUCACUCGGCCCUUCGAGCCUCACAUGGCGACCAUCGUGGACUCGUCAUCAUCGCCGCCGUUGCAACCGCAGGCAGCGACUUCACCGGGAGAGGACCGGCUGUGGAUCAAUCUCCGCAAGCAGGCAAAGUACGUCGUCAUUGGCGCAACCCUCUGCUGGUACUUUCAGACUGGACUGCAUUGGCGUGAUGUACUCGAUGCCGGGAGGUCAGAGGCAAGAUUCGGAAGGAUCCUCGCAGGGGUGUCCUUGCUUCUCCUCGUCUUGUCAGUGACCCUCUUUGCAACACUGAUGCUCCUGCCGUUGCGAGGCAGCCCGCCAAAUUUCGCAGCAUGGCAGCAAGAUCCACACCUGAAGCGCCUCAUUCCCAUCCUCACAUCGAGUCUAGUCGGCGGCUUCACCACCCUCUUCCUGACUCUUUCGCCCAUCUUUGCCCCACCACCUCCCUCCACCUCUCUAGCCAUACGACUGACAGACGCCUCUCGGGCCGCCGGCGGCAACCUCCAAGCCGCCAGUAAAGGCAUUCAAUCCCUCGUGACGGAGAUUGCAUCUUCCCUCGGCUUCCACCCCUCCUCCUCCUCGUCCUCAUCAUCCCAAACCUACCUCGCCUCACUCAAAUCCUCCGACUUGCUAGAGAAGCUCCGCCUCACCUCGGCUCAAGGCCUCGCGAGCAGGUUGGGCGUCUCCUCUGGGCGCGCGGAAGAGUUCACUGUACUGCUAGACGAGUACCAGGAGCGGGCCAAGAUCUGGGCCGAGGGAAGAGCGAGGUAUGCCGGUUGGGCAGGAGCAGUGGGUGGAGCGGUGGGAGUGUACCUGCUCGUGCUGGGUAUCGUAGGGCUGCUGGGCGUAUUCACUACGCCCCUUUCGAAGAGGGCGAAGAAGGAUGGGAAGGGCAAGACGGCAGAGGUGACGACUGUGAGCCCGACUUCGACGCCUAUCCCGAAGCCAGUGAGGAAUUUGAGGCCACACGAUGCAGCGCCCAAUGCUCCACUCACACCCUUGUAAGUCGAGGGAGACACAGCCAAGGCCUCGCCCAUAUUCUACUCCUCACACUCUCCUCCCCAUCCCCCUCCUUCCUCAUCUCAUUCGCACAGCACCGUCUACCUCAAGCUAGCCGUCUUCUCCCUCCUAAUGUUCAUCCUACCCCUCACAACCUACUACGUCGCCGUAGGUCGACUAGGCUCGGCCUGGGCAGGGGGACUAGCCGCCCUCGCUGCCAAUGUCGUACUGGUGGGGUACAUCAUCGCAGCUUUCCUCGAAGAGGGAGAGGCGGGGGCG